UUUUUAAUAACCAGCUCAUAAAACCCACUUGAUUCCGACAUCUACCUCUCGCCGGGCAGUUUGAACUCUUUCCACGCCAUCAAACGUGAUUCGUUUCACUUCGUAACCACCGGCGCUGCGAUCCCUCCUCAGACUUUUCCAAAUAAAGCGGCUCCAGCUGUGCGCGGCUCUGCGCCCUCAGUGCGUCACUCUGCUCCACACAGGCAGCAGCCAUCAGGAGGAGGAGGAAGGAGAAGGAGAAGGAAAGAUGUCCGGCGUCAUGCUGCUGCUGUCGGUGUGCGUGAGUCUGUGUGCGCUUCGGGGGACCGGCGGCUCAGCGCGGAGCGACGCGGUGAUCCUGCGGGACGCGCUGGAGCGAGGCCCGGUCAGCCUGAACGACAUGUUCCGAGAGGUGGAGGAGCUGAUGGAGGACACCCAGCACAUACUGGAGGAGGCAGUGGAUCAGAUAACUACUGAGAGUGCCAAAUCCUCCCUAACGUCACCAGACCUGCGUUUCAUCCUCCACAACGAGACUCAGAAGAUUGUUGGAAACAGAGUCGCUCAGGUCCUGGAUCGGACGGACAAGAAAACUAACAAUAAAACAGGAGAGACUCGUCUUUCACACGUGCAUGUGGAGUUGUCUGGUCCAUGGAAUAGUAAAGAUCACGAAUGCAUGGUGGAUGAGGACUGUGGCGACCUGAGAUACUGUCUGUACGAGAUGGAGAAGUCCAGCUGCCUCCCCUGCAUACCAACAGAUAUGCCGUGCACUAAGAAUGAGGAGUGUUGCUCGGACCAGCUGUGUGUGUGGGGCCAGUGCACGGUCAACGCCACCAGAGGAACAGAGGGAACGAUCUGUCAGGGUCAGAGCGACUGCAGGGCGGACCUCUGCUGUGCCUUUCAACGAGAGCUGCUGUUUCCAGUGUGUAACCCCAAACCAGACAAGGGGGAGUCCUGCCUGAACUACCCCAACCUGCUGAUGGAUAUGCUGGCCUGGGACGAGGAGGUGCCCCGCGACCACUGCCCCUGUGCCGACCACCUCCAGUGCCAACCUCAUGGACGUGGAUCUGUGUGUGGGGAGUAGAGCUGGAGGAUGAAUCACACGAGGGACUGAUAUUAAAUCACGAAACCCUGAUGUUACACUCACAUCCUCACGGAUCAUUCACCAGAGGAAACUCCACCUGCUGAUCAUGUCAACGUACAGGAUGUUGCUUCAGGGCAGAACUUGCACUGUUUUAUUUAUACCUUACUUACAAUCUGUAUUGUUAAUUUUUAAGAAAAUAAAAGACAA